AUGAAAUUACAACAUACAAUGGAUUCGAUACGGCUGCUGGCAGCCGCUUGUCUUAUAUCAUCGAUUACGAUAACAUUUUUAACAGAUACUGUCAAAGGUUCCAAUGAAAAGAGCGAAGAUUGGUCAAAUGCAUAUACCCAACAUCUUUAUUCAGACUUAACAGGAACAAUACGGGAAUUAAGAUCGAUUAAUCAUAAUGAUGAUACGGAUACACGUUUUCAACCUCCACUUGAUACUAAUAAUAAAAAAGGACAACCAACAGCUGAAGGUUUACUGAUAGCAAAUAAUGAAAUAAUUGCUCCUACUAUAUCUAUUUCAAUCGGUAAAGAAACAUCAAAUGAACGUCAUAAACGUGACGCAGGGAUGGAUAAUUCAUCGACACCCGCGAUUUCAUUACAACCUGCUACUACUGACAAAGGAUUCCCUCAAUUAUCAAAUAAUGGUAUCGAUGAUGAACCCAAUGUGAGUGAUACAGGCUCAAAUUCAUGGGUUCCUGUACUAGCUUUUUCAUCUAUUGUUGAUGCUAGUGGUGCAUCCGAAUUUGACACUACUUCAGGAACAGAAGCAACAGGUUAUACAGAGGCUGCCACUACCACUAUUCAACUGACCACAAUCAAUCAUAACACCUAUCCCACAUCAGAACCAUUGCGGACUACCACAGAAACAACAUUCCAGACAAUGUCAACACAAGAAAUCACUUUCACCGAAAUUGUAACAGCAAUCACAUCAUCGACUAUGAUACAAAAUGUAACUGACAGUACUGUUGCAGCAACAAGUGCAGGAACUCCAACGGACACCAUCACAGCACCUGAAACGCUAACAGAUUCAACUACUGAAUCACAAACCGUGACCGUAACCGAAGGUCCUACUGCUCAAGCUUCUUCUACGAAAUCCAUUGCUGCCACUGCAACUGAAACAGAAAACAUGAUAACAUCUGAAAUGGUAACUGAACCGAGUACAGAAUCGCUCACCGUCACUGUUACCGAACCACCAACUGGUCAAUCUUCUUCGACAGCAACAGUCCCGGCAACUGAAACCGAAAGGAUAAUAACAUCGGAAAUCGGAACUGAAUACAGCACUGAAUCGCUAACCGCCACAGUAACCGAAGGACCUACUGCCCAAGCGUCUUCGACAGAAACUAUUCCAGUAAUCGACACUGAAAGUAUGAUAACAUCGGAAAUGGCAACUGAAUCCAGUACUGAAUCGGUAAUCGUCACUGUAACCGAAAGACCUACCGGUGAAGCGUCUUCUACAGAAACAAUUCCCGCAACUGAAACUGAAAGUAUGAUGACAUCGGCAAUGGGAACUGAAUCCAGUACUGAAUCGCUAACCGUCACUGUUACGGAAGGACCUACUACGCAAGCGUCUUCUACCGAAACAAUGCCUGGAACUGAAAGUGUUACAAUGAUGACAUCGGAAUUCCUAACUGAAUCGAGUACAGAAUCGGUAACAGGCACUGCAACCGAAGGACCUACUGCUCAAGCGUCUUCCACAGAAACAAUGCCUGCAACUGAAACCGAAACAAUGAUGACAUCAGAAAUAUUAACUCAAUCGAGUACAGAAUCGGUAACGGGCAAUGCAACCGACGGACCUACUGCUCAAGCGUCUUCCACAGAAACAAUGCCUGCAACUGAAACCGAAACCAUGAUGACAUCAGAAAUCUUAACUGAAUCGAGUACAGAAUCGGUAACGGGUACUGCAUCCGAAGGACCUACUGCUCAAGCGUCUUCCACAGAAACAAUGCCUGCAACUGAAACCGAAACAAUGAUGACAUCAGAAAUGUUAACUGAAUCGAGUACAGAAUCGGUAACGGGCACUGCAACCGAAGGACCUACUGCUCAAGCGUCUUCCACAGAAACAAUGCCUGCAACUGAAACCGAAACAAUGAUGACAUCAGAAAUAUUAACUCAAUCGAGUACAGAAUCGGUAACGGGCACUGCAACCGACGGACCUACUGCUCAAGCUAAUCGUGACCAUACAACUAAUAAUAUUUUUGAAUUACUGUCACAUUUUUUAAAAGAAAUUCAUUUACAAAUUAAUGAAAAAUUUAUACCAAAUUAUUUUAAUCAUGAAAUAAAUCUCUAUGAAACAAAUGAAAAUAAUAAUCAAUGGUUUGAUUAUAUAAAUAAAUGUUUAAAUAAUCAUACAUAUAUACCAACAUCAUUAUUAACAAUAUCAAAUCGUCCAAUAAUUGUUGAAUUUUUAUUUCAUUUUAUUGAUCAAUUAUAUCAAACAUUUCAUAUAAAACGUUCACAAUUUCAUUUAAAUGAAAAUGUUCUUAUUGAUUUACAUAAACAAUUAUGUGAAAAAUUAUCAAAUGAUACAAAUAAUAAUAGUACAUCAUUACAAAAAUUUAUUAAUCAUUUAUUAAAUAAUCAACAAAUUCUUGAACAUAUACAAAUGAAUUUAACAUAUGAUUUUGAAACAAAUGCUGAAUUAGUGCAUACAUGUUUAAAUCAAGUUCGAAAAGCAGAUUCAUCAUUAAUAUUUCAUUAUACAUGGACUAUAUAUAUACAAUAUUUACAUACAUAUUACAAUGUAUUAUGGAAUAUUUAA